AUGCGAUCCUCCAACAUUCUCUACUCUAUUAUUGCUUCUAUUAUCAUUUUGAGUGCAUCGUUGAUCUUUCACUCGGGCGGCAUUAUAGAGUCGAUUGCCUUGGCUCUUGACUUGGUGGCGCUCGCCAUCGUAAUUGGGUUCCUCAUACACGAAAUCAUCAAUCCACGCGAAUCAAUCAUUCGUUCAAGAAACUUGAUUGUUUUUAUGUUCUUGUUUGGAUUAAGUCUCGCAAGUCUCGUCAUAUUUCUUGUGAGAACAACAUCAACGGAGACCAAGAACCUCACGAAAGACUUUGCCGCUCUGCCGGACCCUAGAGCCACUGCAACGACUGCCAUUAUUCUGGCAGUAUUAUCCACUAUUUUCGCCAUUGCGGGUUUCGCCACCUCUUGCGUCGUGCAAGAGAUUCCCCAAGCGAGAUUGAAAAUAUCAGAUCCCAUUCCAGUGCGAGUGUGGCAGCCAGAUACUCCCGCUCAAUUUAUAGAACUCGGCUCGGUUCAAAAGGGGGACCCUCCUCAACCAGAUGAAGCGGCGAUCCGCGAAAGAUGGACUGACAUCCCUGUAUGAGCCAUGUAUAUAAUACGUCCUUUCAAAAGGAUGUGGUCCCAUGUAGAGUUUUAUCAGCCAUGGAAUUGUAUAUUCAUUGAGGUAUC